GGUGUUUCUGCGCUGCUGCUGUGAACCUGCCCGUGGUCGAGAGAUGGCCUCACGCCGAGUUUAGGACUGAACGACAGGCCAGGCUUCGAGUUCAGUGGCUGGAACCCCUUGCAGAUUCAUACUGGGUGCUACGGUCGGACACGCGGUAACCAUGGGACACGGAGUAGGCUGAACGACCUGGACUUCACCAACACACACAUACACACACCAUACGCCUCAACCCCCUGUGUAGGACAUGGCCACAUCGUCGGGUGGUGAGGACUGCGGCAACGACUGUGGAGGCCUGUCUCAGCUGCACGCCCAAGUGGUCUGUGCCAAGUUGCGGCGUAAGAAGAACUGGUUUGGGACGGUGGUGUAUGUGGAGGUGACGGGGGAGGGAGGGGAGUCUCGCAGGACCAGCAAAGCCCACAGCACACACAACCCCCGCUGGGACGAGGCUCUGCUACUGAAUGUAACACCACAGACGCAUCUGGAGUUCAAAGUGUGGAGUCACCAUGCCCUGAAGGCGGACGCGGUGCUGGGCAGAGCCACGCUGGACCUGCGCCUCGCACUGGAGCAGAACAGCAGCAGACUGGAGCGUCUGAAGCAGGUGCUACCCCUGACGGCGGAGGGGAAGAGUGGCGUGGUGAACGCAGGGGAGCUCACCCUCAUCCUCGACGGCCUUAGCGUGGACGCAGAGACGCUUCACAACAGCAGCACAACAACAAACACAACCAAAACACAGCAGAAUGGAGAUGCCAUCCACGAGAAUGGAGGAGAUGCUCCGUCAACAAGGGCUCAAAACAGUGGCUCUAAUGGUGUGGAUAGCGACUCAAGCUCCGCCCCUAUCGUCAACGGCGACACAGACUCCUUAUCCCCCUCCCACCAGCCUGCACCAGUCCCCAUGCAGACAGACAGCGAUGGUGGGGCACAGACAGUAAAUGGCUCAGACAGUGCGGUAGUGCCAUGCACAGAGGAGAUGCCAGCGGCAGGCGGUUCGGACGAGGAGCGUGACGGAGCAGCAGUGACGUUGGCGUCAGCAGCAUCAGUAUCUGCAUCAUCAGGGGACCCCUCGACAGCCGCUCCUCCUCCUCUGCCCUCCUCCUCCUCCUCCUCCUCCCCCGCUCCGGAGGCCGCCCCCUCUUCAACGGCCGCUGGUGCAGCCGGAGCUCCUCCCCCCGCCUCCUCCUCCUCCAACGCCUCCUCCACAGCCUCCCCCUCCACCACGGCCUCGGGCUCCACGCAAGCCGCCAAGCCUCGCCAGCAGGGACAGCAGCAGCAGCAGCCGGCCCCCAACGCGGCCGUCACGUCAGAACCCCUUCCUCCUGGGUGGGAGCAGAGGAAGGAUCCACACGGCAGGACGUACUACGUCGACCACAACACGCGAACCACCACAUGGGAGAGACCACAGCCACUUCCCCCAGGGUGGGAGCGGCGUGUGGAUGACCGGGGGCGUAUCUACUAUGUGGACCACAACACACGCACCACCACCUGGCAGCGGCCCACCAUGGAGUCGGUGCGCAACUUCGAGCAGUGGCAGAGCCAGCGCAGCCAGCUGCAGGGCGCCAUGCACCAGAUCAACCAGAGAUACCUCUACUCUGCCUCCAUGAUGUCUGUGGAGAACGACCCGCUGGGUCCCCUACCUCCUGGAUGGGAACGGCGCGUUGACUCCAAUGACCGCGUGUACUUUGUCAACCAUAACACAAAGACGACACAGUGGGAGGAUCCUCGCACACAAGGGCUGCAGAAUGAGGAGCCUCUGCCAGAGGGUUGGGAGAUCCGUUACACUCGUGAGGGCGUGCGCUACUUCGUAGACCACAACACGAGGACCACAACGUUUAGCGACCCGCGCACGGGAAAAUCAUCUGUGAGCAAAGGUCCUCAGAUCGCCUAUGAGCGCAGCUUCAGAUGGAAGCUGGCCCAUUUCCGCUACCUAUGCCAGUCCAAUGCAUUGCCUAGCCAUGUGAAAAUCACAGUCUCCAGACAGACGCUGUUUGAGGACUCGUUUCAACAGAUCAUGGCCUUAAAGCCUUACGACCUGAGGAGGCGGCUCUACGUCAUCUUCAGAGGAGAGGAGGGACUGGACUACGGUGGCCUGGCAAGGGAGUGGUUCUUCCUGCUAUCUCACGAGGUGCUGAACCCGAUGUAUUGUCUGUUUGAGUAUGCGGGCAAGAGUAACUACUGUCUCCAGAUCAACCCCGCCUCCACCAUCAACCCUGACCACCUGGCCUACUUCUGCUUCAUCGGCAGGUUUAUUGCCAUGGCUCUGUUCCAUGGCAAGUUCAUUGACACAGGCUUCUCCCUGCCCUUCUACAAGCGAAUGCUUAAUAAGAAGCUGAUCCUCAAAGACCUGGAGUCUAUCGACCCAGAGUUCUACAACUCCCUCAUCUGGAUCAGGGAUAACAACAUCGAGGAGUGUGGCCUUGAGAUGUACUUCUCUGUGGACAUGGAGAUCCUGGGCAAGAUCACCUCACAUGACCUGAAGCCCGACGGGGCCGAGCUGCUGGUCACCGAGGAGAACAAGGAGGAGUACAUCGGGUUGAUGGCGGAGUGGCGUUUCUCCCGGGGGGUGGAGGGCCAGACGAAGGCUUUCCUGGACGGCUUCAACGAGGUGGUCCCUCUACAGUGGCUCCAGUACUUCGAUGAGAAGGAGCUGGAGGUGAUGCUGUGCGGUAUGCAAGAAGUGGACCUGCAGGACUGGCAGAGGAACACAGUGUAUCGCCACUACACCAGGAAUAGCAAGCAGAUCAUGUGGUUCUGGCAGAUGGUGAAGGAGGUGGAUAACGAGGUGCGCCUUCGUCUGAUGCAGUUUGUGACGGGCACGUGCAGGUUGCCCCUUGGGGGCUUCGCGGAGCUCAUGGGCAGCAACGGGCCGCAGAAGUUCUGCAUCGAGAAGGUCGGCAAGGACACCUGGCUUCCUCGCAGUCAUACCUGUUUCAACCGGCUGGACCUUCCUCCGUACAAGAGCUACGAGCAACUCAAGGAGAAGCUGCUCUUUGCCAUCGAGGAGACGGAGGGCUUCGGCCAGGAGUAGAGCCUCCCUCACCCCCCAUAUCCACGCUCACCCCACCAUCCUGCGACCCACCCCCCACAGCCCAGCUCUUCUUCCUCCACCCCCACGGGCCCUCACACCAUCCCCCUCUCCAGCCCCCUUCUUCUGCCACACCCCUCCACAUCCUACUCCCCGUCAGCUCCACUCACCAAAUGGAAGAAAAAAAGAAAAGAAAAAAAAAAACAAGCAAAAAAGAAUUGCA